AUGCGUAGCGGCGAGAAUUAUUACGAAGAAACUUUAGAGUUGGGAAACAACACCAAUGUGGACGCCGAAAUAUCUUUUCAAGGGAAUACUGUGGAAGAGGCUAGUGGAGAAGACUUUACCAACUCGUCAUUUUUAGUUCACUUUAAGAAUGCGGAUAAUAUAGAGAAUUUCGAUUUUAUGUUAGCUAAUGAAGACUUCAUAAAUAGCAGCACGAUGGGCAAGCGCUUUGGAUUCCUAGCGAUUUCAUCUCCUUACACUCUUAUUUUCAUUCGCACUACUAGUCUUUCCUUCCAUUCAGGAUCUGGAGAAGAAGAAGCUUCUGGAAUGGAAGAAGGAUCGGCUGAAAUGGAGGCUGGUGAAGUCAAAGGCGAAUUAUGGUCAACUGAAGAACACCAGAUGGAAACUAUGAACGAAACGUCGACAGGCAAUGAAAUUGAAAUCCAAGCGGUUGGGAAUAACAUGAAUUUGAUUCAAGGUCAAGGGGAAAAAGUUCAAUCAAAUGCGACGAAGGUUAUUAGAGGACAAACUGGUACAUCAUUACUACUAACAAAAACACUUACUGAUGAAGUGACAAAGAUCAUUCAAUCAGGAUGCGAUAAGGAUCAUACGGACUUGUUCAUUUGCGAGAGUUACUUCAAUAACUAUCUUUUCGAAGUCUCUAAUUGGGCUAAAGCUCACGAUCAAGUGCUGGAAGACCACAUGUGGAAGGCCUGCAUGCUACUGUCACUAGUGGAAAGGGUGCCAUCAUCAUGUUGUACGAAGUUCCAAACCACUUGCGCCAGUUUCUUGGAGUUCAUCCGUAGGCGCAUGAAACCAUUCGCAAUUUCAAAUGUGUUCAUGGAGCUGUUGAAAUUACAACUUCGAGACCAGGUGAAGUUGUUGGCUUGCAACCAACAUUUCGUAUUUGACUCUCGUGAAACAGAGAAAAAAAUGAAGAAAUGGAGACUUCUGAAGGUGGCUAUCAGAAAUAAGCAGCUUGAAGACAAACUGAUUUCCGUUCAAGUUCAAAUUGCUUCCACGAAAUUUCAGCGCCACAACAGCAAACUUCAAUAG